AGUAAGGACAGCACAAAAUGAACGCAACCGGUGCUAAUGGGAAGAUGGUAGAAGAUGCCACUCCGAAGGACAAACAUCUGCAGAUUCCCAUUGAACCAGAGGGGGAUGAUGAAGAUGACGAUUUUGGUAGUAUUUUGGAAUCGGAAACCGGUGAUAUUGGCUUCGAGACGAGGCAGGUUAGCCAACACACUAGCUACACAGAGGAAAAACGUAUGUUGCUGCAUCCAUCUACUAAGGAAAGUGAGCCGACCCCGCGAAAAGAUAAUGACGCGGCAACCACAGGAAAGGUUGAGCGGGAACAAACACAAUCGGAGCUUUCCAGCUUUGUGCAGAAGAAGUCCUUCGCCCAGAACAUGAUGGACAUCGCAUUGUUGUCAGCCAACACUAAUCAGCUUCGGUACGUGAUGGAUCUAGGCGACAAGCAUCCUUACUAUGGCACCAGCUUAUCGCUGAUUAUUCUUAGCCUGUUUAUGCAGGUUGUUGUUGGUUUGGCCAUGCUGUACUGCAACAGAUACAACAUAAGAAAUAAGGGAGAAAUGAAACGAGCAACACAUGUCAACAAUUUAUCUGUGGUCGGUGUCUUCAUGGUGACGCUGAUAAAUGUAUUUAUCUCCACCUUCAACGGCUCACAAGUGCAGAUAGUGGGUGAUCCUACUGCUACUAGCCCUACUAGUCCUACUAUCAAUGUAAGCAAUGACGUGGGCAUAGAUACUUGGUGAACGAGUAGAAUAGUUUGAUUUUUUAAAUUUUCUAAAUGUAAAAGCAAUAAUCCUUGACAAUAAACGCCUUCUUUGAAGGAGUUAUGAAUAGAAAAGUUGCUACUUUGUGGAAAGGAACCCUCUUCGCGAACCUUCCUUAACACUGGGUGUUCAAUGCGUCACUAAAUCAACGAGCAAUUCGGUCAAGAAAGACGCCGAGUUUUGAAGCGUUACUCUAUCUUAUCGGAGGUUAUCUAUAAGCGCACACAUAGUUUAUCACCACUUCGAAACGCUUCCUAUACAACUCGAGACGAACGAUUGCUCAGCCAAAAGGGCUCACUUACUUCACAAUGAGGCUCGUAGCGGUGAUGGUGGUUUUCUGUAGCUCAUUCUACAUGACGAGCGGACAAUUUUUAGAGUGCGAUGUGGAUUUGGACGAUCCAGCCAUUCUUGCACAAUUGCCGUACGAGUGCCAACACUUGGACGAAGCAUCCAACGAGCUGAUGAGGCAAGAGGCCAUAAGCUUCAGGACGUUCCACAGCAAGCUGCUGGAAUAUGAGGCAGCACAGGGCAAGAAUACAGAGGACGAGAUCUACAUGGAUAUGGAUUUCCGACGGUGGCUCUACGGACAGGUUGAAAUUGACUUGUGCUCUGAGAUCGUGGAACCGUUGGAGAAGGUCGUAAAGUGUCUCAUCGAGAAGCGGCAAGAGAUGGUUGAUAUGAUUGCUGCCAGUGUAGUGAAGCAAAACUGAAAACUAGAUUAGUUACACGGGCGAAUGCAUGCGUUAUCUUAUAGAAAAAGUGUUAUUACUUACAUGCAGAGGAAGAUUUUAAGAUUUCGAACAGUAUAGGCUAUCAAGAGCUGUGACUGCAUCAGAGUGCUUAUUUAGGUUGGCUUUAUCGAAUUGUAUCAGUAUUAUGACGAACGAAAGUAGUGCGGCAAAUAUCUUGAAAGAAGUAUAAAUGAGCAGGGUGUAUAUUAACUUCACGA